UGUAAAUAUUAGCCACACUAAUCCUUUAAUUUGUCAUUUAUUCCUGUAAUUUGUUUCCUGCCGUGCAGGGAAACAAGUUGUGGGGCGGUAGAUUUGUAGGGAGCACUGAUCCCAUCAUGGAGAAGUUCAACGCAUCAAUCUCAUAUGAUCAACGCAUGUGGGAUGCAGACAUCAGGGGCAGUAAAGCCUACGUAAAGGCAUUGCACAAAGCCAAGCUGGUCACUCAGGAGGAAUUGGUGCAUAUUCAGGGCGGCCUUGAUCAGGUUUUGGGUGAAUGGUCCAGUGGUACAUUCCAGAUCAAGCCAGGAGAUGAGGAUAUUCACACAGCCAAUGAGCGUAGACUAAAGGAACUGAUCGGAGAGGCAGCUGGAAAGCUUCAUACUGGCAGGAGCAGGAAUGAUCAAGUUGUGACAGAUAUGAGGCUGUGGUUGCGGGAUGCUAUCACCACUCUGAAGGGAAACACCAUCCAACUUAUAACUACCAUGGUGGAAAGGGCAGCCAUAGAAAUCAACAUCCUUUUUCCUGGAUACACUCACAUGCAGAGAGCGCAGCCAAUCAGAUGGAGCCACUGGAUUCUCAGUCACGCAGUGGCACUGAGCAGAGACGUGGAGCAGCUGGAGGAAAUCAGGAAGCGGGUCAACGUUCUGCCUUUAGGAAGUGGAGCCAUUGCUGGGAACCCCUUCAACAUUGAUAGGGAACUUCUUCGGAAAGAACUCAACUUUGACGGGAUCAGCAUCAACAGUAUGGAUGCAACCGGACAGAGAGAUUUCGUCGCUGAGUUCCUCUUCUGGGGAUCAAUGUGUCUCAUGCACCUCAGUAAGAUGGCAGAGGAUCUGAUCCUGUACAGCACCAAAGAAUUCUCCUUUAUCAAGUCAUCCGAUUUAUACAGCACAGGAAGCAGUCUGAUGCCGCAGAAGAAGAAUGCUGACAGUCUGGAGCUCAUCCGCAGCAAAGCAGGACGAGUGUUCGGCAGAUGUGCAGGUUUUAUGAUGGUACUCAAAGGCCUCCCCAGCACAUACAACAAAGAUCUACAGGAGGAUAAAGAGGCCAUGUUUGACACCUAUGAUUCAUUGCAUGCUGUACUGCAGGUGGCUACAGGUGUCAUGUCUACACUGGAGGUCAAUCAGAAAGCUAUGGAGGCAGCACUCAGUCCGGACAUGCUGGCCACUGAUCUGGCCUAUUACCUUGUCAGGAAAGGAAUGCCUUUUAGGGAAGCUCAUAGCUGCUCCGGAAAAGCUGUCUAUCAAGCUGAGUCUAAAGGUGUCCCACUAAACAAGCUUACUGUGGAAGACCUCCAUACUGCCAGUCCUCUGUUUGACAGUGACGUGUCCUCAGUGUGGGACUACACAAGCAGUGUGGAGCAGUACAGCGCCCCGGGUGGCACAGCACGGAGUAGUGUCACGGCACAGAUAGAACACAUGAGAGCCUGGCUGAAGGUGCACAGUGUAUAACUGUAAUGGUAACCCUCACAAAGUUAGAACCACAAACAUUAGCACAUUUUCUAAACCAUGUUGUUUUCAAGCUUUAUCACAUCCAACAGAUUCAUUGUCAAAAUACUUUCUGUUUAAAAUUUACUGUAGGGAAACAUACAGUACAACAUACCUGGGAGAGUGACUGCUAUUAUUAUUAUUAUUAUUAUUAUUAUUAUUAUUAUUAUUAUCAGCAAUAAUAGAUGAACAAGG